CCCAGCAAGGGCUUUCCUUUCGUAUAAUAAUUCAUUUAAUAAACUCAUCAAGUCUUGGUGGAGAGCAAAAGGCAAGAUUUAUACAAAAAAAAAAAAAAAAAAGAAAUCCGUAGAAGAGGAAAAUCGCCAAGCAGCAGCAAAAAACAAAAAAAAAUUUUUUUUUUGAAGAAUGGGCGUUGAUUAUUACAAGAUUCUUCAGGUCGACCGAAAUGCAAAAGACGAAGAUUUGAAGAAAGCGUAUCGUAAACUGGCCAUGAAGUGGCAUCCCGAUAAAAACCCUAACAACAAGAAAGAAGCUGAAGCCAAAUUUAAGCAAAUCUCUGAAGCUUACGAUGUUUUGAGUGAUCUCCAAAAGCGUGCGGUUUAUGAUCAGUUCGGAGAAGAAGGGUUAAAAGGCCAGAUGCCUCCUCCGGGGGCGGGAGGGUUCCCGGGAGGGGUGGACGGAGGUCCGACGAUGUUCCGGUUCAAUACUCGGAGCCCCGACGAUAUUUUCUCGGAGUUUUUUGGGUUUUCGAGUCCGUUUGGAGGUAUAGGUGAUAUGGGCGGGUCACGUGUAGGGGCGUCGGGGUUCCCCAGGGGCAUGUUUGGAGAAGAUAUUUUCGGCUCGUUUAGGGGUGGAGCUGGAGAGUGUUCUACAACUAUGCCCCGUAAAGGACCCGCAAUUGAAAGAACAUUGCCUUGCAGCUUGGAGGAUUUGUACAAAGGGACUACCAAGAAGAUGAAGAUUUCUAGGGAUGUUUCUGAUGGUAGCGGGAGACCUACAACAGUGGAGGAGAUUCUUGCUAUUGAGAUUAAGCCAGGGUGGAAAAAAGGUACAAAAAUUACUUUUCCAGAAAAGGGAAAUGAGCAACGAGGGGUCAUUCCUUCUGAUCUUGUGUUCAUCAUUGAUGAGAAGCCUCACAGUGUGUUCAAGAGGGAUGGUAACGAUCUUGUUGUUACUCAGAAGAUAUCUCUAGUGGAAGCUCUAACUGGUUAUACAGCACAGCUGACAACACUUGAUGGACGGAAUCUGAUGGUCCCUAUUAACAACAUCAUCGGUCCAACCUAUGAAGAAGUUGUUAAAGGGGAGGGAAUGCCCAUUCCCAAAGAACCUUAUAAGAAAGGAAAUUUGAGAAUUAAAUUCAACAUCAAGUUUCCUACCAAGCUUACAACAGAGCAGAAAAAUGGCCUGAAGCGGUUAAUAUCAUCUCCCUAAGAAUCAGUGGUGGCCCUUGCUACCAUUAGGCAACUUGUGUAAGUUUACAUUUGUUUUUAUUGCUCUUUUUUUUUUUUUUUUGUUCUUGGAAAGGAAAUUCAUGUGUUGAUGAACUGGGAUAUCAUAAUGGUUAUCUAGAAGUUUAUAAAUUAUUUUCAAAUUUC